GGUACUAUGUGUGUAGUAUAUGUGUUAAUAUGUAGUGUAGUGUGAUGUGUUACGGUAAUGUAGGGAUUAAGGCAAUUAAGACUUUACUGAAUGGGCAGCACUGAGACAUGCAAGUCAGUGCUGCCUUAGAUUAGUAUGUGUUAAAGUCCUAGAAAGAUUCAUGCAGUAUGGGAUUCUAAAAUGCAUAUACAUAUGAGUGUGUUUGUGACCAGAUUACCAACAGAAUACUUUACUUUGGUUUUCUUUAGCUAACAGUGGAGUUUUUCAUCAGAUGAUGACCCAGAGAAGACAACCUCGUCUUCUAGUGAAACUUAGAUCCUCUAACACAAGACGAAAGGAAUUGUUGAAGUAAGUAGAAUGUCCCUGUAUAACUUUACAUGUUAUAUUUCUGCUAUUUACACUAAGGUAAUGGGCACAAGUUACAAAAUCAUGAUGUAAUAUUCAGCUUAAUAUGUUAAAAAUGUAUAGAUUUAUUUUUGGGGUUUUUUUUCUUCGUUUUUUUGCCUUGUUUCCUUGUCCCACCAGUAUUAGAACAGUAAAUAUACAGGCUGCAGUGGAAGUGUGUAUAUGUAUGUACUCCCAACUACUGAACCCCGAAAGUGUGUCCUAAAGAUUGCGGAUAGAGCUGUUCAUUAAAUAUACCAAGUCUAUAAUAAAUUAUCAGGUAGAAUAAAAACCUUGCAAAUUCUUUAUUAGUGCAUCAGUAUUGAGUGUAUGUCACCUUGUCUAAAGUAAGUACUGUUUUCAAAUGCAACAAGCCAUAGAAAUUCAAGCCUGUAUAUCUAUCUUUAGUCAGUUACAGAUAAUUUAUUUUUAAAUCUCUAUGAAAUAUAUUUGGCCUUAAGGUAUUUUUUCUAGUUGUAUCGAAGUGCAAGCACCUGUAUUUUUUUUUCUGCUUUGCAGCUUUCUUCCAGAAACAAUGGUUGGCAGCAUGUGCUACAUUCCAUUGUUAGUGCUCUACCGGCAGAUCCUCGGCGAUGUGCUUUUGAAAGAAAGAGUAAGCAUGCAGAACACAGGUAAGGAUUUACAGUGUUACGCUCCGGUGAUGUUUGUAGAAGGGUGAGACACAGGAUUUUACACAAUGACUCGUUAAACAGUUUCUGAAAGUACCUUCCAAGUGUAUUUUUAUUCCAAUUACUUCAGAAUACAUAUAUAUAUAUCUCAAAAGCAGCAUAGAGUGUGAUAAAAGCAAAUUCAAUAGGAUAAAUGUGGCAAUGGUCCCUCAAAGAGAGAAGUUUCAGCCAACUAUUAAUUGAAGCAUAGAUAACAGAGUUUCCUAGAUACUCACUGAGAAACUAAUUAACAGCAGACAAACCCCAAUCGAAAUGUACUUUUAUUCCAUAAUGUCCAAUAAAGUUUUAUGUGAGUUGCCUUGACUGACGUAGACAGAGGAACUUGGGGACAACCAACAGGUCACUUUACACUUUUAAAUACAGAGUAUAAAAUGUGUGUACGCACAACUGUGAAAUGAAUGUUAGCAUUGUUCAUGAGGCAUAUGUACUUAACACAAACACAUAUGGCUAAUAAGUGAUGCACAUACUUUUUAAUCAGCUGUGGUGUUACAUGGUUUAUAAGUGACACUCCCUCAAAAAUAUAUACGUAGUGUUAGCCACUAUCACACUUACAUACCUAAUCAGCCGCUUUCCAAUACACACAUGCUUACUCUUUCUAAACUAGCCAUACUCUCUCACACCUUAUUAGCCACAUGCUCAUACUUGCACAAACAUACAGAAGUAGCUAUUGAAAUAUAUUGUUUAAAAAAAAAAAUUACAUUCUUUAUUUUUGCAGGUGAGCAAGUAAUGCUCGUGAAAUAAAUGACAUAUGCAUAGUAUGACACAAUGUUGAAAGCUAACAUGUCAGGGAUCCACACCCAUUUUUAGAUAUACAUAAUAAAGACUUUGGUAAAGCGAGGUCAAUAUACAGUAGUAUAUAUGAAAGUGUAAACCAUGGCAGCCAUCAAGACCAAGGAAAAAAAAAAAGAUAAUAAGGCAUUUAACCUGGGGUAUGCGUGUGUGAAAGAGAUGUGUCUGCAGAUUGCCUACUGGUACAAAGAUAUCAUAUGGUGAAUAACACCGAGAAGUGUAUCUGGGUAUUAAUGAGCUUCAUAACCCCGAAGUCCAAGAAAGGGGGGGAGAGGGAGGGAUGUUAUGGAAACUAUUCCUUAGCAUUGGUACAUUGCUUAGGUACUAUUGUGUUUCUUAGAGGACAGUUGACCAGUUAUAUCCCUGGGAGUCAAUGCCUUGUCCUUGCAGCCCCCUGGUAGUCGGUACAGUCUGUCCAGCAGAAUUCCUUUGGCUUGCUUGGGUGUCAAGGCAGCUGUGAGUAGUCUUCUGAUGCAAUGAGGUAAUUCUCCAGUAUCUAUUGCAUCAGGGAUACCCCGAAUUUUCAGGUUUCGUUGCCGUGCUAAGUCUUCUAGGUGUUUAAUAUCUCAUGUAAGUGAAUAUUAGUGGAAUGUUGUUUGAGUCCAAGGUUUUGAAAGUUAUCCUCUCUGGCUUUGAUUCUGCCUCCUAGUGUGCUUAGGUCAGCCUUUAAGGUCACCAUUUCUGAGGCAAAGAAUGUUUUGAUUUGUGGUGACGUCAGUUUUGGUAGCCUACUGUGGGUCAGGUUGCUUCUAGGAGAAGGCUCUGCUGCUGCUGGGCUGUCACAAGAUCCUCUAGAUUCGGGUCCUCGUCUUCCAAGGCGCAGAUGGAGCUGCGAGGUGAGUCAGGGAGCAAGUCCACCAUCUUAGGCCUGUCUGGUUGGCAGAGCAAGAGGCCAAUAUCUUGGGGUUUUUGGGAAUGCUUCCCCAUGUCCUCUCCUGUCUUGUGGGACCUCAGUGGGGUAUCGUUGUAGAGGGUAAAAUAUAGGCAGUUACCCGUCACUCUGUCAGAGCUCAGAGAUCUUGCUACCGCUCAGCUUGGUGGCUAGCUCUGCCCCCUUAAAUUUAUUGUUUUAACCGAUCACACAUGCAUUUACAUCCAUAUUAAACACAUACACCUAAUUAACGCUACACAUACAUACAUUAGAAGACAUUCACACACCCAACGGAAGAACAAGUUGCAGUAUACUUGGCUUUAUUUCACGGUUUGUAGGAAAAAUAAUUUCUGCCGUGAUAAUUGGUUGUUUCAUAAAACCAAAAAAAAUCUUUACAUUAAAACUAUAUAUUUAAUGACUAGUAUCCCGCUGCUUUAGGCUCAAGUCAAAUUGAAUUAUGACUAAUUACAAAUUUCCAUAUAUACAUGUAAUUGGGUUCUAAAGACAAUUUAAAAUUACUCAGUAUGCCAAUUCCAGUAUACCUGUUGUGAGGAUACAUCAGCAGGUAAAAACUGCACUGUCAGGCGGGUUCAAAUGAGUUCUCGAUAAAUCCGCAGAAUAAGUAAUAAGUAAAUCCUUCAAUAUAAUUACAAUCAAAGUCUAUGGUUAUACUAAUUUAAUUAAAUCAUAGUGAAGGGUUGCUCUAUAUUCUUGUUCUCUGGAACAUCUAUAAUCGUAACAUUUGCAGCUGCUUGCAGCCUUACGAACAAUACAGAAUAUCAGUUAAAGAGCCUUGAAAUUUUCAACUUAUUAAUUCAUUAUACGCAUAUGGAAUUUAGAGGAACCGCUGUAGUGUUUAAGCUACACAUCGUGUUCUCUGCUUGGCUUCUCCCAUCGCUCCUCCCAGUAAAAGCAAUUAAAGUAAUUUGUGCGAUUGCAUCUUUCAGGUUUUAUAAUUAUAGGUUUCCAUAAAUAACGAACACUUGCUUAUUAAUAGAGUUUGUGACAAUUUAUAUUUGAUAGCCAUUGAAAAGACUUUACAGCGUUUUGCUGAUUGAUACGUGUGAGACGCUUUCCAGCAGUGUGUACAAUUCACAAACUCACAGCAGAAUGUCUGUUAUUUCGAAUGAUUUUAAUUACACCCUAUAUUUAACCAGAUUACCCAGGAGAGGGAUUCUGAAACUCUUGUCUCUAUUAUAGAAAAUUCACAAUGGGAUUUGUGCUGCUGUAUCUUCCAUUGCCACUGGAGAUUGCCCAAUAAAUUUCAAUAUGCAGUACGCUUUAAAUAAUCGCUCACAAAGAAGCCUUUGUAAAGGGUCAGUUGUAAUAUGGUUUUAUAAUGGUUGACUGCGGCACCAUCGCUCCACUUCCAAACACUGAACGGUAUACUUGGUUUAAAGUGAUUAUUGGCCUCUCAGUGACUUAAACGUAAAUGUCUUAUUUGAGCGGUGAGGAAAAAAAUUUUUGGCACAGCCUUUGUCGUGUGAUACAGCAUCCACUUCCUAAUAACCUCACUUGGGUACCUAGAAAUUAUUUUACUAUUUUCUAAAACUAUAUAUUUAUACCGCUUCAUAUUUUCCUUCAGUAGAAUGUUCUUUGGUUUUCAUCCAUUGCUUGACCAAUAAAUUGUUAAACAGUUGCAGGGUUAUUUACUAAGAUGACAAUUGUCAUGAAUUAAAAGUAAAUUUUAUAUUUAAGGCCAACAUAGCUGAACUGAGAGUAUUGUUGACUGACAUUUUUCCAUUCAGCUAUUGUGGCAUCAAACUGGAAAUUCAGUUUGACUUCCCAGCAAUUCUCACUUUAGUGAAUAACCCUGUUGGAGUUUUUCCUGCUGAAAUUGUAACAGCGCUUUUAUUUAAUAAUUUAAAUAUUAAGUCAAAUGGUUAAGUAAUUGUGUUCUUGUUAUGUAAUCUAUUUAAUCUGGGUACAAAAGAAAAAUACUUAAAUACAAUUUCCAGGUUCACUCUAAGCACCAUAACCAUUACAGCGUCGUGUAGUGGUUAUGGUGCCAGCAUGCCCCUAAGGCCAUCUUCCAGUUUUGUAUCAAAACAUUUUCAGUUUGGUAGAGACAAUGUGUAGCCCACGUGCUUUAACAUUGACAUUUGGGAUGGAACCAAGGGCAUAUUGGAAGCAUAACCACUACAGGGUUCUUAGGUGGUUAUGGUGGAUAGAGUGUCCCAUGAAAAUAUAAUACAAAGUGAUACAAGAGAACUAAACCACAAAAUACGACGCAGUGGCUAUACCUCGUUCCCACAGGGCGAGAAAGGGUGUCACAGCAUAAAACCUCCUAUAUGGAGGACUGUCACCUAAACUGUGCUCUCCAAGGGGAUAACCCACAAAAACUUGACACAAAUAAAAUAAAUCCCAGUAUGAUCCACAAACAGGAGGGAUCGGACUGGGAGAGAGAACAGAAAAUAGGAAAAAAGAGCAAUAUAUGCUACUAAUAUAACUUAAUCCACAUCUGAUUAAAAAAUGGGUAAAAUUGUGACAUUAGAUAAAUGUCGAGAAGAAGGAGCCUUCAUUUAGUCCAUGGGGGGACAAAGUAUUUAGUUUGCAUAUCCAAAAAGCUUCCCUCUGUCGUAAUUUUUUGUCCCAAUUGCUAUUGCUCUUUUUUCCUAUUUUUCUGUGCUCUCUCACAGUGCGAUCCCUCCUGUUUGGGGAUCAUACUGCGAUUUUUACAAGAGAACUAGUCAGGAAUCAGAAGUUAUAUUUCAUAUAUACAUUUUUCACUAUUUGGACACAUUUUCCUAUAUUAAUGUAUUAUCCUAAGAAAAACCAAAGAAAAGAGUUACCUGCGCACUACCCUAAAUCCCUAUGCAUAUUUAAACAAUUAGAGUUUUUUUGUUUCACUCCAGUGGCCAUUAGGUGUAAGCCCACCUGCCACGUAAAGGCAGACCUAAAGGUGGGUCCUAAACUAACUAUUCACCUUGUUUCCUUCAGUUUCAGGCCAAAAAAUCUCUGAGACAGAAAGGGGUAUUUUUCUAAACACCUACAUACUUAUUAACCAUGAAUAGGGACAACAUGGGCUGGGCAGCAGCAUUGUACCAUGGCUGUGUCAUACAAAAGCAUUAUCCUAUUAGUCCCUUUUUAUUUUCCUCCUUAUAUUUUGAAUAUUUGAAAGCUGUGAACUACAUAGAGAGUUAGAAAGGAUCUAUUUUUUUUUUAAUUUGUCUUAAUUGGCACUUUCCAGAAGAUGGCAGUAAACAUAGAAAGAAAUAUUAGUGAGAGGAUUGCAUGAUUACAUUAAAUUGCUUGUUUAUCAAAACCACUCCUGUUCUUUCCACAUCUGCUUGCUUUCUUACUAACUAACUUUAAUUUAACAUGUUCAGGUGACAAGGCGUUGGUCAAAUAACUUUGUAUCAUGACAGCCUUAGCAAGUCAUUUCUUGUGAAUGAGUAAAAAAUGUUUGUACAUAUGCUUUGCAAACCUUGGGAUGCCUUCAAAGUACACAUUGGUUUAUAGACGUGUCCUCAUGAGGCUUGAAACGCCAUAAAUGUAUCAAUAUUUGUCUGACAUUGCAUUUCUCACAUUAAACAUUAAACCACUAUGUUUCUUAAUUAUUUUACUUAUCUUUGAACUGCGUAUAUAACAACAUGGCAUUCCUUUGUGGUUGUAGUGUAACUAACACAUUCCUUUAGCAGUAAUCUUUACCCUACUUUGACAGUUGAAAUGUACAGCAUUUUUGUUCUGAAACAUACCUUGUGUGACUGUAUGGUAGUGGCAGAAAAAAAAAUAUUGAUCAUGGAUUACAAACUACAGUUUCACUCAACCUAAUAUAAUGCAUGUAUAUGACUGUAAUAAAUUAAUUCCAGGUAUUUGCCGUUGGAUAGUUGACAGGAUAAACGUGUUUAAUAUUUGUUUAAAUUCUAAUUUCUUUAUUCCAGAUCUGAUUUGUAACCCUGUUUUGGCCACAUUUCCUCGAGUAAUUGAGCAGACUGAUAUCAUGGAUGCUCUGAGGGUAUGUCAGUGAUGCAAACAGAAAAUAUUCUAAUGACUUACGCAAUGAAUUUAAAGGGGUUGACUAUAUCCACCCUUCACAUCUAACAUGCCCACAAACUGCCCCCUCCCACCCUAAAAAAAUCUUGGUAUGCAAAUCAACCUAGGUUGAAUGCAUAAUUUAUGGGGUGUGUGAUUUGCCAGCAUGAUAUAUCUCUGUGUUUUUGAAGCCAGGGAUCCCAAAUCUUAGCACAUGUUGCAAUAUUAAAUAAGCUGACAAGUUUUCUGUGGUACAGAUGUACUACAAGUGCCCCAAUACCAUACAUAGUACUGUGGCUGGCUUUACCAACUCUUGGCAAUACACAGCCUUACCAAGGUAUUUACCAUAUGUAUCACUUUAAGAGAUACCUUGAAGAAUCUACCAUGCGGUGCCAGAUUAUUGGUAUGUCCAGGGCUAUUAAAUAGGGUAUCCCUGGCUCAGGGCUAAUGGUGUUCCUUUAACCCCUUGAGGACCAAACUUUUGGAAUAAAAGGGAAUCAUGACAUGUCACACAUGUCAUGUGUCCUUAAGGGGUUAAAGUUAACCAUUAACUUUACUAAAUCCACCAUUAUACAGUUUUGCAUGCCUAAUAAACAUAGAUAAUAUAUACAUGCUAAUUGGUUGCCACAUAAUUUGUGUAUUUUCACAUAAUUUGUGUAUUUUUUUCCUUUUGAACAAAUUCCUUAAAAGAAAAUCAAAACAUAGGUUUUAUUAAAAAAAAAAAAAAAAUAUAUAUAUAUAUAUAUAUAUAUAUAUAUAUAUAUAUUUUUUUUUUUUAAAGAUUAGACGUAUUACUAGCUUACAAUGCAAGGAAAAAGAAAAUGAAAUUCCUGCAUCGAUUGCUGUUGAGAAAUUCCAAAAUUAUUCAAACCAGGUAGAUAAACUGGAGAAAAUGAUCUUAUAAUUUAUUUGGUUAACUGUUGCACAUAUAUUAGAACAGGCUUCCCCAAACUCUGGCCCUCCAAAUGUUGCUGAACUACAACUCCCAUGAUUCUCAGCCUAUCUGUUUCAUUCAUAGCAUCAUGGGAGUUGUAGUUCAGCAACAUCUGGAGGUCCGGAGUUUUGGGAAGCCUGUUGUAGAAGCACAUGUGUAAUUAGUUAAUAUUGUUAUUUAAAGGACCACUAUAGUCCCACUCUCGCCGGGCUCUAGGGAGAGGAAAGGGUUAAAACUUACCUUUUUUCUAGCACCGGGCGGGGAGCUCUCCUCCUCCUCUCCGCCUCCGAUCCUCCUCUUUGGCUGAAUGCGCAUGUGCGGCAGGAGCUGUGCGCGCAUUCAGCCAGUCUCAUAGGAAAGCAUUCAUAAUGCUUUCCUAUGGACGCUGGCGUCUUCUCACUGUGAUUUUCACAAUGAGAAGCACGCAAAUGCCUCUAGCGGCUGUCAAUGAGACAACCACUAGAGGCUUUAGAGGCUGGAUUAACCCAUUUAUAAACAUAGCAGUUUCUCUGAAACUGCUAUGUUUAUUUAAAAAGGGUUAAUCCUAGAAGGACCUGGCACCCAGACCAUUUCAUUAAGCUGAAGUGGUCUGGGUGCCUAGAGUGGUCCUUUAAUAAUUAAAAUGAUUAUGAAUUGUCUCAUGUCUCCCAGACUUUCUGAAGGUUUUAGAACAAUUAGUAAAUAACAAAUAACACUUUUACAAUAGUUAUGGCACAAUAGCCUGUUCAUUUAAUUUUAUAAGAAAUCUGCUUUAAAGCUUCUCAGCCUGACAGUAGGCUAUACAAAUGGUUCCAAAUAUGGCUGUAAUACCUUUUAUCAACAAAUGACCGUUUGAGAUAGUAGGAUGAAUAAUAUUGGAAUGUAAGCAAGUUAUCUUUUUCUUUAUAUCAUGUCCAAAUUGUAAACCUAGACAAUUAUACAUAGGAGAGCUACCCAGGGUCGGAUUAACAUAGAGGCUGAUGGAGCUUCUAUAUCCACUACAUACACUUUUUGCUCUGUCCCAGACUGUAUAACAGGAGCUUCUGCCUGCUGGUAAGAAGGUUAGGAGAGGAGUGGUCCAGCAAGUGCUAGAGAACAAUCCUUAGAAGCAUAGAGCUAGCGCAUCAUUAGACGCAUUUAUGCCAAGCUCAGUGUGCUGUCUGCACAGUAUACCCUCGGUUGGUCAUCCUGCAUGAUUGGCAGACAGCCUGAAGGGCAUUCACACCAGGUUGCCCAUCAAAUUCUUCAUGCAGAUAUGCCCCCUUUUUGGGCAUAUUUGUCCCUCUGAGCAGUUCUGGUGACGUGAUUACAUCAGUUAUAUCAGUGGCUCACUCUUUUACCUUGCCCACCGACAUUCUGCUUCACCAGACACCGCUGUUAAGAGGUAUGGAUUUACUUGAAAGAUGAAAGUGAGAGAUUAGCAUAGGGUAUGUGAUUUCUGAUAGCUAUAGCCUGUGAGUUUCCCUCCAGCACCACCUCCACCGGAUACAUGACCCUUGGGAGGUAUGACUGUUUUAGUGUUUACUGUCGAUAAGAUUCUGUAAACAGACCCAUCAUAAUUGUCAGCACCAGGCCCAAUGGGCUCAUAAUCCGGCCCUGUAAGCUACCAAUGUAUAGGUGUUGCUGAUAAUGAAAAGUAUGUCUCUGUAUGGGUAGUUUAAUAUAUUUAAUGAUGCAGAAUCAUUUGUGACAUUUUACAGAAGAGCUUUCCAUACAGAAACUGUAGUACAAGUGUAAUUCAGUUUUCUACUAACGAAUCUUAAACCAACAUACAGCAGUAUUAUAAUAAUUUUCUUCCGAUGUGAUUCAGAUGGCAGUAAGGAGACUAAUUAGAAAUUAGUGCAAAACUAUUGUCAGGAUUAGUUGAAGACACUGUCUCCAGCCCGUCUAUGACUGCUGAGGAAUGUGCAAGAAAAUCCCACUCAUUGGUAAAAUCUAGUAUAGUUAUGUUUAUAAGCAUUGGCAGUUAAUCUGAAAUCUAUUUCGUCUGCUUUUUAAUGUUAUCCUCCUAACCUUGUGGGUAAUUACUAUCCAACUGUCAAUCUUUGACAACGACUCAGAAAUCCAUGGGGAUGAGCAAUUAAUACGAUUCUUAAAGAGUGUGUUGUUAAAGGAACACGUCAGCGUGUUGUGAGAUUUUAUUUAUUUAAUUCCAAUGUAGUAAAAGUUUGUAAAACAUGAACAAAAUUGAAAUAAAGGAACACUCCAGGCAUAUAAAGCUAUUAUAAAAGUGCCGGCUUGGAGUGGAGGUCUGAAGGGGAGAAAGAUAGAGGGGUUAUGGGGGAGGGGGGGGGGUGGAGUUCCUAUUCCCCCUUUCCCUUCUUAAAAAAAACUUUUUGUGUUGUGUUUGUUAUUGUUUAAUUUAUUUGUAACUGUGUCAAAAAAGAGAAAUAAAGUUUGAAUACAAAUAAAAGUGCUUAAACUCCUUUACUGUGUUAACCUCUACCACUUCAGCUGGAAGGCUAUUUCAUGCAUCCACUACCCUCUCAGUAAAGUAAUACUUCCUGAUAUUAUUUUUAAACCUUUGCCCCUCUAAUUUAAGACUGUCCUCUUGUUGUGGUAGUUAUUCCUUUUCUUAAAUAUAGUCUCCUUCUUUACGGUGUUGAUUCCCUUUAUGUAUCUAAAUGUUUCAAUCACAUCCCCCCUGAUAUGGGGGGAUGUGGGAUUAAUUUCUGUUAGCUCUGGCACUACAGUUCAUUGAGAGUCCAAAGGCUCCAGCUUAGAUGCUUCUUAAUAAGACUCCUCUGACUAGUCUGUGUUUUUUUUUUUAGCUUAGUAACAUACUUCUAACCUGGCUUCUUCGUUCCUUUUUAAUGUCAAUGUAAUUUUUCUUUUGACAAACCUAGAGUGGAUGGGCUGAAAAACAGAACUCUAUGAAGAGAUCAGAGAAGGUAACAAUACAUCUUGUUUAUCAUAUUAAACCAUUAUUGUUUUUCUAAGUGUUGUUAUUGUUUGGUUAAAUUAUUCUUUCUUUUUUUUUUAAAUCAUUAAAUAUUUUUUAUAUUUAAAUGGAAUAUUUGCAUAGUCCUUGGAUUUGGAUUAAAUGUGGGUAAAAUGUGGGUACUCUUUAUUUUCACAUUGCUUUAAAAGUCUUCCAAUCUUUAAACUGAGUUAUCUCUUACAAAUAGUUGGAUUGUUAAAGAUAAUCACUAGUGCAGUAUAGCGUAAAUAUACAGUUACAUUGUAAACACCCCAAACCAGAACACUCAAACUUAAACAUGUACUUAAGGGGACACUUCCAGUACCAAAACAACAUAUGCUCAUUGCACAGGUUAUAGUGCAAACAAAUUCUCUGUCCCCAUCUCCUUGAACAUGGUGGCUUCUAGCAGCAGUGAUCUGCAAAUAAUGCAGAAGCUAUGUCUGCCCUAGUUGUGCCAGAUGUUAGCAAAGACUAUGCUUCAUUUAUAUUAUAUAUAUUUUCUAUAUACUAUUUUGUUAGUGGAAUAUCUACCAAACAAAUGUUAAACUACAUAUCCAUACACUGCUGGUCUUUAAUUUCUGCUAAAUAUAGUGCUCUGUAAUGUUAAAUAUAGCAAGAGUAUUUCGUAAACUAAAUAUAAAAUUAGGAAUGUCAUCACUUUUAAAUGCCCAAACUAAAUCGAGGAAAAAUUAUAUUUCAAAAUAUAACAUGAAUAUAUAAAAUCUAACACAACAUUUUUGCCAGUAGCAGGAAAAUGCAUUUGUAUGCUGGUUUGUACUGUUUACAAAGUUAGAGAACACAUAGCAUGCACAGUAGAUCUGUUUAUUGUGCCUUGGUAUUCUGUUAAUGAAUCUCUACAUACAACAGCUAUGUUAAAUGCUUUAAUAUUUAGUUUACAUCUGUGACAGUUUGUUUAAGAGCGUGGAAGGGCAUGCAGGAAGAGAUUGGUGGUGGCUGUUUCAGAUAUAUAUAGUAUGAAAUUAUUAUGAAAGUAAAAUUGUAAAUUAAAUAUGUUAACAAUUAUAUUAUUUGCUAUUUAGAAGCCUUUAUACUUCUUAAAUGUUACAUUUGUCAUUUGAUUGUGUUUCAUUUGUUAAAUGUUUAUACUACCUUUGCUAAGAACUCUCUUUCUCUUUCAGAGGGACAAAGAGUUUGUAAAGAAUGCUUUUAUCCAUGUUUAUCAUGGCACAGCAUACCCUCUUCUACAAUCAACUGUUCUGCAGGGAUCAAAGUGGGCUGAUGAUGAGGUAGAAGCCUCACGCUGGAAAGUGAUUGCUGAUUUCCUAAAACAAAACCGAGAGAAAGAUGGAUCUCUCCACUUCCUGCUGUCUCCUGACAACAUUCACAAGCCUUUUGACAUCUCAGAAGUAACAUAUGAUUUUAUUGAUGCAGCCAGGAAACCGUUGCUUUCAUCAUGACAGUAGCAAAACCUACUACAAUAGACAAUACACCGUGAUUUUACUAGAUGUUGCUAUUGGUAAUGUACAAUUACACAGUAAUCACUUUACAGAAAACAAAUAUGCCAGUUAUGUUUGUGCAAUUUGUAUAAUUAUUACAUGGCAAUGUUUGUAUUACUGCUUUUUAAAACAUGUUGCUAUAUAUAUACAUUUUGUUUGUUUUUUCCAAGUAUUGCUUAUAUGAUUAUUUAUGCACCUUUAUAUAAAAUAUCAGUGUAAUAUUGUUACAGUUUGAAUGUGCUAUUUGCUUCAUCUUAUUCCUUAACUUCUGUUCCUGAUGACCUUAAAGUUAAACUCAAAUUGCGAAGCUGGAAUGAUCAUUCCAUCAAGAAUUAGAGCUUGUUUUACGGAGCAAAAAGAAUAAUACUUCUAAAAUAUAUAUUAAAAAAAUGCAAAGAAUACUAUUUCUAGCCCGACUCAUGGAUGGGGCUUUUCUAUAGAUUAAGGAAGGAGUAAUAUCAGCUAUAUAUAAAGUAGACAUGGUGGUCCUUAUCUUUGUUCAAGACUACAAAAUAGUCAAACACGGGGGUGGGGCCGGGCCGGGCCGGGCCGACUGGACGCCAUGAACAUGGGCUCCAGCACUAACCUGAGCCAAAAGGCAUAUGAAACCAAUCCUGGCUGCUUAAAAGUCGGACAUCACGACAGCAAUGCACAGGGAGUGACCCCGGCACAUCGCAGCUGCCGGCAUUAAACUUAUCGCAAGCCGGGCCAGCAACAGAGGACGUGCGCGGCCCACACGAGGCAGAGCACAAGACCGCCCACG